AAGCAGCAGUAGCAGCAGGAGGAAAACUGCGUGACGUCACGCAAAAAGUAGUGUUCGGUGGUGGUCGUGGUGGUUAUGAAAGAUUGAGUUCUUCGCGGCCAUAGAAAACGCUAGCGUGUGCGGAUUUAAUCAAUGUGUUUCAGUGACUAUGUGACAAAGCGAAACGCGUAUGACUCUCGACAUCACGCCUCUCGUCGAGAAGCAUCCUUUCCUCGUGCAACCGGCUGCCCUCCGCAGGAGCGAGAAAGGCAGCGCGCGCGCCCGAGGGCUCUGAUCCCCUGUCUGCGAAUUCUCCAUUCUCCAAAAAUUCGCCUAUUGUGAAAAAACGUUUUCGAAAAUCCGCCCGCGUUUCGUCCCCCCGUCUGUCUGCUCUUCCCCUUCGCGGCUUCGCGACACGAACUCUCGCGUCCGAGAUGGCCGGUAAGUAGCAGCUAAGCAACCGGGGCCUAGCCUAGCUCACCAGAGUCUCGAUUCCACUUUUCGUAGAAAAAAACUUUACGCGCCAGGUGUUGUUCUAUCUUUCUCUCCCUCUGUCUCGUACACGCAGUUCUUUCCAGUCUCUAAACUUCCUUUUUUUUCGCUAAUCUCCUGCCACUUACCCGAAUCUGAAGCUGAACCCGAACUACUGCGGCACAGCGAACCUUGACCCAAUUUACUCUACGCACGGACGUCCGUCCUCCACUGGCGGACCUCGCGCUAGCGCUACGUUUCCGGAUACUCCAAUUCCGCAUCCUCGCCAAACGGCGCCACUCACGUCGCAGCCUUGAGACUGAUAAUUACUGCAUAGUGCCCAAUUGUGCCAUACUGUACUCAUAGUGAAUACACACGUCGCCGGAUCAAACAACUUGUUCUCCUUCCCCAACCCUUUUUUUUUAUCUCACCCACCCCCGCGAUACCGGGGGGCAGAUGCACCAUAAGUACCCGGCGGCGGUCUAGAGACGAGAUGGAUUGCGGCGAAACUUCAAGUAAUGGCGAUAUCCAAUGGUGUUUCUCUCAGGUUAAAGGAACCUUAGAGGAUGAUGUCACUGAAGCUGACAUUAUUUCGUGCGUCGAAUUCAACCACGAUGGUGACCUUCUUGCAACGGGAGACAAGGGUGGUCGAGUAGUAAUUUUUCAGAGGGACCCUAUUAGUAAAAACAGCAUCCCUCGAAGAGGUGAAUACAACGUGUACAGCACCUUCCAGAGUCACGAGCCCGAGUUCGACUACCUAAAAUCAUUAGAAAUAGAGGAAAAGAUUAAUAAAAUCAGAUGGCUGAAGAGGAAAAACCCAGCUCACUUUCUGCUUUCCACAAACGACAAGACAAUCAAAUUGUGGAAAGUUUCCGAGAGGGAUAAAAGGGUUGAAGGUUACAAUACGAAAGAAGAAAAUGGCUCUAUACGUGAUCCAGCCUGCAUUACUGCCUUGAGGGUACCUGCCAUAAAACCAAUGGAAUUAAUGGUCGAGGCAUCGCCAAGGAGAAUAUUUGCUAAUGCGCACACCUACCAUAUUAACAGUAUAAGCGUCAAUAGUGACCAAGAAACUUACCUCAGUGCCGACGACCUUAGAAUUAAUCUCUGGCAUCUGGAAAUAACCGACCAGAGUUUUAACAUCGUAGACAUUAAGCCAACCAACAUGGAGGAACUUACAGAAGUGAUAACGGCUGCGGAGUUUCACCCAGUUGAGUGCAAUCUUCUGGUAUACAGUAGUAGCAAGGGAACAAUUCGCCUGUGUGAUAUGAGAUCAGCCGCUCUCUGCGAUCGGCACAGUAAGCUCUUCGAAGAACCCGAGGAUCCGACAAACCGAAGCUUUUUCUCAGAGAUAAUUUCUAGUAUAAGCGACGUUAAACUCAGCAAUUCCGGCCGAUACAUGAUUAGUAGAGACUACUUGAGUGUCAAAGUGUGGGAUUUGCAUAUGGAAACAAGGCCCAUCGAAUGUUAUCCUGUUCACGAGUACCUGAGAUCGAAGCUGUGUUCCCUGUAUGAGAAUGACUGUAUUUUUGACAAAUUUGAAUGCUGCUGGAGCGGCAACGACUCUGCCAUUAUGACUGGUUCUUACAAUAAUUUCUUCCGAGUUUUUGAUCGUAGUACUAAACGUGACCUUACUUUGGAAGCUGCGCGGGAUAUUGCAAAGCCUAAAACUCUCCUGAAACCACGUAAAGUCUGUACCGGUGGAAAACGAAAGAAAGAUGAGAUCAGCGUUGACUGCCUCGAUUUUAAUAAGAAAAUAUUGCAUACGGCGUGGCAUCCUUCCGAAAAUGUGGUUGCGGUUGCGGCCACAAAUAAUCUAUUUCUGUUCCAAGAUAAGCUUUAGCACAUCUGUAUGCAGAUAGUACAACGGUAUAUAUUGACGUAAGUGUGGCAACUGAAGCCGCAAGCUACUGAUGGAGCAACGAGUGUUAAAGCACGAUUGUUAUGGACGAACGUCAACACCAAUGUACUCCUCGAAAGUUGACUGACUGAGAAAGUCGUGUACGUAGCGCCAUCUGAGAGCUGUAACAACACUUCAUCCUCAUGAAACACGCGCGUGUAAUUGAGAACGCGAUCCAUUCUCACACAGCCAUGCUCGCACAGAACUCUACCGCGUGAAUAUUUGUACAUAAGAAUGCUGCAUACGAAUCGAAAUACAUCAGAUUCUCAAUCAAUUGAGUCUGCUAGCUCAAAUAAUAAUCGUUUGCACAGGGACAGUGGAACCUUGAAGAGCAUAUACACACUAAGAGACACAAACAUUCACACACACACACACAGAUUCACAUGUACUUGGUCAAUUUGUACUCGAGAUUUUUCUAAUGUAAACGUUUAACGUAUCGCAUCGCGCGUCGGUGGAACUUGUUGUUCUUCUUCUUCUUCUUCUUCUUCUACGUCAUCAUCAUCAUCAUCAUCAUCUUGGUCGUAGGAACAACGCAUAUAUUUCAAAUAUUUCAAAUAUUUUCAAUACGAAGCAGAACGGAAGUGAUGAAGCGUUGAGAUAAUGGUGUAAUUAAUUCGUUAGAAACAAGGCCGACUGAUGGAAUCUUUAUAUUCGCAAGAAUCACAGCCGCCUAAUCGACUUAAGAAUGAAAAUGCUACAAUCAAAACUGCUUAAGUUAUAUAAAAAAAAGAAUAUGACUAAACAAAACAAAAGAAAGAUAGGGGGAAAAAAAGGAAGAAAAUCUCUGUUGACAUUUCUCAAUGGAAUAUAAAAAAAUUGCUCGAAUGUAACGCAACAUUAUUGUCGCGAGACAAUCCUCGAUUGAGGGUAGAUUAAUUUCACUUAAUUGGUACAAUUGAAUGGAUCUUAUUUUCUGUAGAAUAUCUAAUAACUCUCUCCUUGUGAGUCUGAAUAAUGUACAACGGGAGGGCAGAGCUUCGGCUGUUUUCUAUAUUUUCGAAUUUGUUGCACACCAUUCAAUGUUAUACACAAGGCCUACAAUUGUUUAUUUUUAUUUUUAUAAUAAAAAUUUACCUCUACAAAUAAUGUUAACCGAGCCGUUUCCUACAAAUUUUCGAGACAUGUUCAACGAAUAAAUCAUCGUUCAAAAAAGGUUUUUUUUACUGGUUCCGCUUACCAUUCAAGGAUUUUAACACGUUAUUCAUUCGGUUUAGUUGCAUUUUUAUUCCUCUGCAAACAAUUCCUGUACAAAAUUUAAUCAAUUUUUUUAUUAUUACUAUUAUUAUGAUAGGAGUGAAUCAAGCUUUUGAUAAUGUAAGCUGGACUUGCGAAAUGAUGUAAUAGAAUUUGAUUGAAAACUUGAUAUUUUUAGGUAUGCAAAUAUACAACUUAUAAUUUUAAAAAAAGCCAAUACUUCAUUUGAAUGCAUGUAAUCAUUCUGCAUAUUACUUAAAUUUCGGGUGAUUAUUUACGUGCAUAGAACGGAAAAACGAGGCCUGUGAUUUUCAUUCUUUUUAAAUUAUACUCUACGGUAGAUAUAUUAUUUGCAAUUAAUUUCAAAUAUUAAUUUUAAGUUAAACAGUAGACAGGGACUAGAAUUGAAGAGCGAAGCCAAAAUCUCGAUAAUGAAAACAAUGAACCAAACUUCUUAAUAAAACUACGUCGACUUGCAGUA